UAUCUCGCUCCCAUUUGAAAGGCGGAGUUUGUGUGUGUUUUUUAAAGUGGAAAACAAGGGCUAGGAAAACGAAACUUAAAGCGCUCGGACGGGGAGGGAGAAGGUACAAGUGAGUUCCGGCUGUGGACACAGGACUCCCGUGCGCUUCCGAGCCCCGCACUGCUCGGCCGAUGGACAGGCAGCCGCUGCUCAGAAACCUUGAAGCCGACCAACCAUGUCAGCCCCUGGAUCCCAAGCUAUUAGCUGUGGCUGCAGCUCAAGCUUACCCCGAAGCUUCAGGAGCCGAGGGAUUUGCCUCCGCUCCGUCAGUUCACCUGCUGGAUAACGUGACUGGAUACGAGGGGACCACAGCAGACGGGGAGAGGUUUGUUCCCCCGCCUGUUUUCUCGGAGGCAGCAGCAAGGAGAGAUGAGCCUCAUCCACAGAGGGCGUGGAGUAUUCCAUCCAUCACUGAGGAGACGGCCAGAGAGGCGUUUAUUCAGUAUGCAUCCAGCGCCUGUUGCUACAGUUCCAAGCCUGCCAAAGAAAUGGUCUUUCUAGAUUUAAAACCGUGUAACGCCUUUAGAUAUCGCCUGGAAAGCUUCACUGAAUCCAGAUCGACUGAGUGGACAUCAAUGCCUUAUAAAGGUCAGUUUGUGGACAGCUGCACUUAUGGGCCCGCCCCCCUUCCCUGGGAUAUUUUAAUGGAAAUACCACAAAUGUUUCAGGACGACAUCAAGAAUGUCCCAGUGCCACACACUUCAUCCAUUAAGGGAUGUCACGCAUGCAUGGCGAUGGGUAAAGUGGCAUGUACCAAAUGCACUGCAACUGGACGGGUGAGAUGCCAUAUUUGCAGCGGUCGUGGAUACAUACUUGAUGACAGAUGCCAUCCCUGCCACGGUACUGGGCUUAGAGGCUGUACUUCGUGUUCCGGAUGUGGUACAAAACCCUGUGAGACAUGUGAACAAAGCGGACAGCUCAUGAUGUACAUCCAGCUAACAGUCAAGUGGAAAAAUAACGUUAAUGAAUACGUUGCUGACCGACAUAUCGGACUUUCUUUAGAACUGUAUAAGAAAAUGACUGGGCAGAACAUCUUUACCGAUGAACAGCCCAUGGUCUGGCCUAUCUUGGCGUUUCCAGAAAUUCAGAUCAGUCAGGCCUCCCACAAGAUCAUCCAGGAGCACCGACAGCAGCUGACAAGAACUUCCCUCAUCAUCCAGCAGCGUCAAACAAUUGAGUUCAUUCCAGUCACUCAGGUAUACUACGAGUGGAAAGGAAAAGAAUACCAUUACUUCACAUGCGGCAUUGACAACAACGUGCAUGCUCCGGACUACCCCGCCAAGUGUUGCUGCACCAUUCUAACAAUGGAGCCACAGCAAACACAACCGUACUAUGGAGCAUCUGGAGAUCUUCCAAUGGUUUCUGCGGGUCAAACUGUACCGCCGGCAAACAUGCUGGAUAAACUGGCUGGCUACGAAUCUAUAGACGCAGGUGGAGAGGAAAGAUAUCUACCUCCCCCGGUUCAACCACCAUACAACGCAGAGGGUAGCCAACCACAGCCUAACCAGCAAUGGAGCAUCCCUUCCAUCAGUGAGGAUGCAGCGAGACGAGCAUUGAUCAAGUACGCAGCCGAACAUGUCACCUACAGCAAACGUCCUGCUGAGGAAAUGGUCUUCAAGGAGCUAAUACCCUACAACAUGUAUCGGUAUCGCCUUCAGAGCUUCACCGAGUCCCGGUCGCCUGAAUGGAAAAGUGAACCUUAUUAUGGUCAGACGAUCGAGAGCUCUGGCUUUGGUGCCCCUCCCCCACCUUGGGAAGUGCCAGUAGAUGUUCCGGAAAUGUUUGAGAAAAAUAAGAAAAGGGUCCAGGUGCCUAAUACUGCAUCUGUCAAGGGGUGCCACAGAUGUAUGGCAAUGGGUAAAAUCCCUUGUGAUAAAUGCCUUCAAACAGGGAGGGUGAAAUGCAGGAUGUGUGAUGGGAAAGGAUCUCUGUUUGGCGAUGACAGCAGAUGCAAUCAUUGUAUGGGUAAUGGGAUAGAAAGUUGUAAAUCGUGCAGUGGAUAUGGGCAGCAGAAGUGCAAUGUGUGUCAAGGCAAAUGUCAAUUGUUUUUCUACAUUCAGUUGACAGUAAAAUGGGAAAACAACAAAUUUGAACAGGUUAUUGAUCAACAGUGUGAUUUUCCCAUUCAGAAACUUAAUAAAGUUACUGGGAAAGAGCUCUUCAGUGAUCAACGUUUUCAGGUGUACCCUAUUGUGGGCUUCCCAGAACCCAGGAUUAACCAGGUCUCCCAGCAGGGGCUCCAGGAGCAUUGGACUCAGUUUGGAAAAACCUCUCGUAUAAUUCAACAGCGCCAUACAGUUGAGCUCAUCCCAGUCACCAAAGUGCAUUUCCAGUGGAAAAACAAAGAGAACAGCUACUUUGUGUUUGGCACCGAAAGUAAAGUGCAUGCUCCAGAGUAUCCUGGCAAGAAAUGCACCAUAAUGUGAAGUCAUUCAUCUGAGAGUCCUCCAGAUGCAAAAACACUGCAAUUGAAAUUAGAUUUGAAAUAAAAGCGAAAGUUGUUGGAAGUACUAGGCAGGGCCGGCCUUAAGACGAUUGGACCGUUGCUCCCAAUUGGGCCCCGCACCUCCUAAGGCCAGCCCUGGCACUAGGCACGGUUGGCAAAGAGAUUGGCCUUUAUUAAGGAAUUACAUUUUUCCUCUUUUCUAGCAAUCUUUCAUUAUUUCACACAUGUAAUUUCAGCAAUUGAAUAUGUAGAAAUUGAAACAAAAAAUAUGGCAGAGAUAGAUAGAUUCUUGAUUCUUAGUAGGGGUGUCAGGUGUUGUGGGGAGAAGGCAGGAGAAUGGGAUUAGGAAGGAGAGGUAGAUUAGCCAUGAUUGAAUUGUGGAGCAGACUUGAUGGGCUGAAUGGCCUAAUUCAGCUCCUAUCACAUGACUUUAUAAUAAACUAUGUACUGAUGGAGGCAGACAAAAAGCAUAUGUUUAGGCGUCAGCUAAAAUAUGUCAUGGGAAUAAGACAAAUAAUCAAACUAACUUGUUUUGAACCAUGUAAACAGCUUUUAAUUUUUAUUGACGUGGGUUAUUCUGUAAUUUUGUUUCCAAUCAAUUGUAUGCCUUAUUAGCUUUAUUUUCAAUAUUCCUUAACCUCACUCUAAAUGCAUGUAGUUCUAUGAUUAAUAGUACAAUCUCUGUAUAAAUUUUCUUCAUUAUUGUUUUUAGUUAUUCAAUGAGCAAGUACCUUUUUUGAUACUAAUCAAUAAAAUAUAUUU